AUGAGGACCAUACCAGAGCUCUCUAAGAUCUUUGAUUCAUGUUCAUUUUCACCUCAGCAGUUCAUUGAAACAUUUACAAUCAUUAGUAAGAAUUUUCAAAGUUCAGAAGUCUUUUCACUUGCACAACAUGUUAAAAUUGCCAAUAUUGAGAAUAAUGAAUCAGCUUUUAAAAUUUUAAGUUUUUUAUCAGAAAUGUACAAUUGUAAUAUCAUAUCUGAUAUAUCGUAUUUCAUCCGAACACGAAUUACAUAUGAAAAACCACCUGACUGUGAAAAUGCGAAAAAAUUAUUAAAAUGUAAUAAAAAUCCAAGCGAUUUUGAGAAGAUAUACUAUAUAUUAUUAGGAGCUAUUGAUAACGACGAUACAGAUACUAUUUUAUUUGCAGAAAAAUCUGGAUUUUGUCAUGUUAAAAAUAAAAAAGGAAAUUCACUUCUUCAUUAUGCAGCUCAACAAAAUGAUACCGAAGCAAUUAAAAAUCUUUCCUUCAUUUCAAGUUUUGAUAUCAAUGCAAAAGAUAAUUAUGGCAUGACAGUGCUCCAUUAUGCAGCUAAAUACAGUAAUAUCGAAGUUAUAAAGCAUCUUUCAUUACUUCCUGAUUUUGAUAUUAAUAUAAAAGAUGUAAGUGGGCAAACAGCUUUGCACUAUGCAGCUCAAUAUAGUAAUGCUGAGUUUGUCAAGUAUAUUUGCUCAAUUCCGGAUGUUGAUCUCAAUGUUAAAGACAGUUUCAACAGAACAAUUCUUCGUUAUGCAGCUCAAAACACUAAUUCAAGUGUUGUUAAAUAUUUAACAAAUCUUCCAAUUAAAGAUUUAGAUAUUGAAGAUAUAAAUCAUAUGUCUGCCAUCUUUUAUGCAGCUUUAAAUGAAAAUCCUGAUGUCAUUAAAUGUUUUGGUUCAAAUCCAAAAAUUAAUCUGAAUGUUAGAAAUCGUUAUCAAUUUAGUGUUCUUCAUUAUGCCGCACAAAAUACCAAUGCUGAAAUCAUUAAAUAUCUUUGCUCUCUUCCUAAUAUUGAUAUUAAUCCAAUUGAUGGUUUCCAAAGAACAGCCCUUCACUAUGCAGCACAAAAUGAUAAUAGUGAUGUAAUUAAAUAUCUUUGCUCCCUUCCAAAUAUUGAUAUUAAUGCAAAAGAUCAUAUGAAGAUGUCUGCUCUCCAAUAUGCAGUUAAAAGCAAUAAGAUGCAAAUAAUUAAAUAUCUUUGCUCUCUUCCACAAAUUAAUAUAAAUUCAAGAGAUAUUGGCAAUAAAACUCAUCUUCAUUUUGCAGCUGAAUAUGGAACUGAUGAAAUAAUAAAAUACAUUUGUUCUCUUCCAAAUAUUGAUGUAAAUGCAAAAGACAUCUCAUUAAAAACAGCUCUCCAUUAUGCUGCUAAAAAUAAUCAUAUAGAAGUAGUUAAAUACCUUUGUUCCCUUCCAAAAAUUGACAUUAAUGCCAAAUCCUAUAAAAACAAAACAGUUCUUCAUUAUGCAGCAAAAAAUAAAAAUAUCGAAGUUAUCAAGUAUCUUUGCUCCCUUCCAAAUAUUGAUAAAAAUGCUAGGGAUGAGAAAAAUAAGACUGCUUAUGAUUUGGCCCAGCAAUAUUCAAACAAUGCAGCAUUACCAUAUCUCCGCUAA